UCUCCUGCCUCAUUCAUUUCCCUCCAUCUCCCUCUCUCUCCUUCUCCCCCGCCUCAUUCACUCCCCAUCGUCUCCGCCACCUGACUGUCACGUGCAGCAUCUCCUUGUCCGGCUUCGGCUCCUACUCCGUCUCCUUCGGCGCAGCACCUUGCCUCCGUCUCCUUCACCGCAACAUCGUGCCUCCAAACGAAAGCUCAAGUGAUAGGAUGGCCGCCGGUGAGAUCGUUCAGGAAAACCGCGAUGAAAACGAGCAAGUACGUGAAGGUGGCCGUGGACGGAGCUCCGUAUCUGAGAAAGCUUGACUUGGAGACAUACAACAGCUACCAGCAGCUGAUGAGUGCUGUAAACGAUGUGUUUGGCGUCUUCAGCAUCUGUAACGAGAGGAAGCUUCUGGACUCCGUAAACGGAUCAGAAAUGUUUGUUGAAUUGUGCAAAUGUCUCAGGUUGAUGAAGACCAUGGAGGCAACUGGGUUAGGCGCAAGGAUGUCUCCAAAUCCAAAAUGCUCAAGCGGCAGUUACUGAAGAAUGCUUAAAUGCUUGGGAGAGUUGCAUCAUCAAAGGCUGUUGCUUUGUUCCCUUCAUAGAUGUCUUUUUUUUUUUUAUGAUAAUGUGAAUGGAAAUUGUUAGAUGUUUUUUUUUUUAUGACAAUGUAAAUAUAAAGUGCUAGUCAAUUAUUAAUUGACUAGAGUUGUUUGCUUAAUUGUCAUUAAAUUUUAAA